GUUUCCGGUGUAAACAAGUGAUCCAGCAUGGCUGUAUUCUGUGUCCACAGAGGAUACUGAAAACUUAAACUGUGAGUAACUCCGUGUGUUGAUGAUUAAAACGUUUAACACUAUGAGUGAGCCGAGCAGUAAGGAGAGUUUGAUCCGCUACUACUGCACCGCUGGAAACGGUAUGGAGCGUUUUUUGAUCGACGAGGUGAAGAAGAAGCUGUCAGCUAAAGAUGUGAGUGCAGCCCUCAAUAGACCCUCUCUCUGACUCUUACUGGGGAGUUUGAACUGUUUUCCAUCGAUGGACGCAUUCUCAAAAGAUGUUUGUCUCAGUUGUUGGUAGAAACAGUAGCUGAACAUCAUGUAUUUUUAAAGAACCACAACUUUCUGAAUAGAAACUGUAAAAGAGCAUUACUCUGGAUCUUUGUGUAUGUACCCAAAGAACUGGCCACUUUCGCAAUGGCUUCACUCGUUACAGAUACAAAGCAUGUAAUUUGCAAAAGCUUUUGUCCAUUUUCCAAAGCUAGAUAAUAAUUUAGUGUACUGUUGGAGAUCACUCAUUUGUUUCUAAGGAGCUGGACCCUUUUAACAUUAACUGUAGGAAAUCCUGAAGAAUCAGCUAUAUACAGUGCAUCUGGAAAGUACUCAUACCACUUCAAUUUUCCACAUUUUGUUAUGUUACAGCCUUAUUCCAAAAUGGAUUAAAUUCCUUUUUCCCCUCAAAAAUUCUACACAAAAUACCCCAUAAUGACAAAGCGAAAAACUUUUUUUUUUUAGAACAAUUUGCAAGUUUAUUAAAAUAAGACACUCAAAUGUUGCAUAUACAUAAGUAUUCACACCCUUUGCUCAAUAUUUGGUCGAAGCACCUUUGGCAGCGAUUACAGCCUCCAGUCUUCUUGUGUAUGAUGCAACAAGCUUGGCACACCUGGAUUUGGGGAGUCUGUAGGGUUCUCCCAUCUCCUCAGAGAUAGCUGGAGCUCUGUCAGAGUGACCAUCGGGUUCUUGGUCACCUCCCUGACCAAGGCCCCUCUCCCCCCACUUGCUCAUUUUGGCUGGGCAGCCAGCUCUAUGAAGAGUCCUGGUGGUUCUAAACAUCUUUUAUUUCUUAAUGAUGGAGACCACUGUGCUUUUGGGGAUCUUCAAUGCAGCAGAUAUUUUUUUGUAACCUUCCCCAGAUCUGUGUGCAGAUACAACCCUGUUUCGGAGGUCUACAGAUAGGCCUGUCACGAUAACAAAUUUUGCUGGACGAUAAUUGUGCUACAAAUUAUUGCCGAUAAACGAUAUUAUUGACACCGUUUUUUAAAUUAUAGAAAAUGAUAAUAUAUGGCAUAAUAAUGCGAGUACACCGUGUCAAAAGUGAUUAACUUUAAUUUCCACUGUUUGUCAGCGCGCACUUUUUUGCGCUGUUUUGUUUAUAUUUGCUUUGCUUACCAAACGCUUCAGUAAGCGGUACCUGUUGGGACGAUGGCUCCGCAGGACCUCCAGCGGUACUUUUUUUGCUCAGUUGAGAAAAACGGAAGGGAUGAGUGUGCUUGAGGUGCGCAUGCAUGUUCGUCGUAUUCCCCUUCUUUGUCACCACAACUUUGGAACAAAUACGACAUAUCAGCUCGUCCAUAUUUGUGGGCUCACCUCUUUCAUUUGGUUUAAAGCCGAAAUAUUCGCACACUUGGGCUGUUGCGUUCGGUUUAGACACCAAAGCUGUCGUGUUCAUUCUGUUUGCUUGCUUUUCUCUCAAGACGCUCACUUGCAGCACUGUAUCCAAAAGUCUGUGUCUGUGUGCUUGCGCGUGCCUGCGCGCGCCAGCGAUACCGAGCGAUAAGGCGAUUUAUUGAUUAUCGCGACAGGCCUAUCUACAGACAAUUCUUUCGACUUCAUGGCUUGGUUUGUGCUCUGACGUGCUCUGUCAGCUGUGGGAUCUUAUAUAGACAGGUGUGGCUUUCCAAAUCAUGUCCAAUCAGCUGAAUUUGCCACAGGUGGACAGCAAUCAAGUUGGAGGAACAUUUCAAGGCUGAUCAGUGGAAACAGGAUGCACCUGAGCUCAAUUUUGAGUUUUAUAGCAAAGGGUGUGAAUACUUAUGUAUAUGCAACAUUUGAGUGUCUCAUUUUUAAUAAAUUUGCAAAAUGUUCUAAAAAAGGUUUUUCGCUUUGUCAUUAUGGGGUAUUUGGUGUAGAAGUUUUGAGGGAAAAAAGGAAUUUAAUCCAUUUUGGAAUAAGGCUUUAACACUGUAAACUGUAUGUUCAUGUAUCAGUGUCCAUCUCAUAAAAGGAUUUGUGUGUGUGCAGGUGUGUCAGGUUUCAGGUAAAGUGUUGUUCAGCUCUUCUGUCAAAAUCAGCAGAGUUGUUGAACUGAAGGCUGCUGAGAGACUCUUCCUUUUGUUAAAGCAAGACUCAGCUGUGCAUCUGUCUGCCCAUAUCAGCCCAGGUAACAACUAUAUCAAUGAAAUCCAAAGGAACAUUACCUGUGGUGAAAGGCAUUAACUGUACUAUUGCUGUGUUAUUGCCUCUGUGCAUUAAAAGUCUGUAAUUUCCAUGCAUUUCAACUAACUUUUGUGUUGUGGUCUCUCUUAUAUUCACAGCAAAAGCAGCUGCUGUGCUGCAGUCAAGGCUGCUGGGUGACAGGAAUCAGUGGACCUGUGCUUUAAUGACAUGGAAUUGCCUGCAGGGGGAGCUGUCUAACAGACAAAGUACCACAAACACAACAAACCCUGCCUUUGUAGGGGAGAGUGAGGAGGUGAGGGGGAAUGAGGGACAGACAGAAAAGGAGAAGCCCAAUGUGGACACUAUGAGAAAUAAAGGAGUGCAAAAGGAGGAGGAGAACAGGAGCCUGAGGAGUGGUGAACUAAAUGAAAAACAGACCCUGGAAAAGAGGGAUAUGGAAAACAAAGGGGUUGAAGAAGUGAGAGAGGAAGAGUCACAGUGGAAAGAAGAGAAAAAUGAUGAACAAUACUUUACUGAGACAAUGAAGAAAAAGAGAAAGCGAGAUGAACAUGAUAAUGAUGUUGGAGAAGAGGAGAAGGAAGAGGGUAAUGCUCAAGAAUCUUGUAGUGAGGAGAGUGUCAAGAAAAAGAUGACAUCUAACAGACAAAGGGUGACAGCGGAAGAGGAGCAGAGGGGAGUUCCUGUGGAUAAUAGCAGCUUCAAAAAUAAUGAUGAACCUGCAGUGAUAUUAGGGAUAAAAUUCAACAACAGAGACCACAACAAAGACUUUCCUGUUCAAAGUGAGGACAAGGGUAAUGACCUUCAUUUAAGUUCUGCAAAUAUAACUCCAUCAUUAAAGACGGAAAUCUGUUCUGUUUUCAGUCCUGGUGAAACUCUUUCUUUCUGAUUUAUUUUUUUCAUGUGUAAAAAGAGAAGACAUAUGGAGGAAGCGAUGAGACUCCACUUCAAUCCAGCAAACCUCAAUCUCCCACUGUCCCUGUCUCCUUUAGGAUCAGCUGCAAGUGUACUGGAUCUCUUUCUAGAUACUUCAGUUCACAGGUAGUUAGUGCAGUAAAUUAGUGCAUUGUCUCUAGUAAGUGUUUAAAUGUUGUAAAUAGGUCUGCACAUUGUGAGAAAAUAUACAACAUAUAUGACAACAUACAUCAUUUGUUAUUGUCAUAAAUUUGGGAUGAGAGAUAUUACACUAUGAAGAAAAAGUUUUCUUUAGACCUUACAGCAAAUGUAGAGUUUUUUUAUUUAUUUAUUGUGAGGAUUCAUACUAGGACAUAAUGACAAAAUUUCAAUUUGUGGACCGGCUCUAGUUAAGAAAACACAAAGAAAUCACUAUCAGUUUGAUUUUUGUGCACAUUUUCAGAGUCUUGGGAAAGGUGCACCUUUUCAGACUUAAGGAACGGCAUGCAUCUUCUCAAUAUAUGAAUACCUUACUCUGUGAUAUAUGGAGCAGCUACUUAAAAAGCCUGCAGGCGAACAGAUAGCAUCGUUGUCAAACUGUCAAGAAAUUUGUAUUCAAAUUCAGUAUACUGUCGUUCUCAGCUCCACCAAGUCAUAUUGAGUCAUGUUUACAUUUUGCAUCAAACUCAGGAGGUGAGCAAAGUGAUCGGAGUAGGUCUAAGCAGACUGAUGGGCUGGAAAGUUGACCUGAAGAAUCCACAGCUGGAGGUAAAUUUCAUUGCUGUUUCAAUUCAGUAUGUAUCCAGAUUGUAUCACAUUGGUUCAAGACACUGAAAGUGAAUACCAUUCUCUUUAAUGGGACCAACUGACACUAACAUGGCAGAACACUCCCUGUAGUAUUUUCUUGUCAUUUCAUUCAAAUCAACACCAUCAGGAGUUUGCUCUUACUUGCAGGUUAAUGUUCAUUUAAGUGAUGACCAAUGCCUGCUAGGGAUUCCUCUAACCAGGUGACUGACAAAAACGUUUUUAAUAUCAAACAUUUACUCAUUAUGAAAUUGAAUGUGGGUUUAUGCUUCUAUCAGUACCUCUGUUCAGCAGUUGUGAAGUAUCAGUUUCCUGUUUCCUUUCUUGAGGUUACCUUUGGCUAACCGGUGCUACAUCAAAACCACAGGGUUGAGGUCUACUGUAGCCUGGGCUAUGGCCUCAUUGGCUCAGAUUCAGGUACUCAGAUAUACUUGUUCUUGCUGUUGUAAAAGUUCUUAUGAACUUUUUUUUUAUCAUGUGUAUGUUUACUUUAUGCAUCUAAAUAGCAACCUGUGAGUUGUGUAAAUAAAGAGCCAUCCCUCUGGCUUAAUUUUUCUUUUUUUUGUUUUUGUCAUUGAGAGCAUUUUUGUUUGUAUAAUAAGAGCAAGGCAGGUUUGAACUUGUUAAAUUUAGCUAUAAGACUGUUAUGUUAUAGUUGCCAUUGUACCACUGUGUAUGAUUGACAUGCGUUAUCUUCUUUAGCCAGGGUUCUGUGUAGUUGACCCCAUGUGUGGAGUGGGAACAAUCCUGGUAGAGGCAGCACAAGAACACAAGGUUGGGACCAAAAUCAAUGCAAAUAUUGUAUAAAUCUGCCAAGAAUAAUAUAACAACAUUUACCACCUUCUGUAAUUUUGAUCUGAAUGAAAUUGUCCAAAAAUAUAAGUAUGAAAAUCAACACAAUAUCUUUGUAAAAUUACAUUUUUAUGGGUGUAAUUGGAACAACACAAAAACAAUCUGAUGGGUCAUCCUCAUUGGCACAUGCAGACUGCCUGUUUCCUGGGCAUGGACAUUGAUGAUGGACAACUGAAGAAAGCCAAUGAGAACGUAGAGUUCUCAGAGCUGGGAAACAGGAUACACCUGCUGAAGGCUUCUUCUAUGGGUAGGACAUUUGCACAAUAUCAUCACUCAGAAUCAUACGUGGUAUUAAUCAUUUGACUUUUCUCCCAUUUUUGUCUGUUUAGCCUCCCUGAAAUCAGAUUUCAGCUGUUUUGUACUAUAUGUUAUGUAUACCACAGUCUGUAAUUACUCACCUUUAACCCACAAAAAUAUUCUGGCAUAACAAGAAAUGUCAGCCUCUUGUAAAACUGUCAUAUAAAGAUGAAGACAGCCCAACUCCAAAUAAGAACUGAGCAUCAGUAGCAACUUUGAUUUGAAAUCCUGUUAUUGUGUCCUAAUGUUUAUGAAACCAUGAAUAUAUGAUGAUGAUGAUGAUGAUGAUGAUGAUGAUGAUGGCUUUUGUAUACCAGAGAUUAAACCCUUUAUUUAGUUCUGGGGCUCCAAAGCAGCAGGUUUUGGAAGGCACAGAGUGAGUGGGAGGUGUGAGUGAAGCCUGCUGUCAUGUAUUCAUUUACCUCUUGGCUUGUGUGUCCUGUGUGUGUGUGUGUACAGCUCUGCCUCUGCCCAGCGCCAGUGUGGAUGCUAUCGUCUGUGACCUCCCAUUUGGCAAGAAGUUUGGCACCAAAACAAACAUGGCUGCCAAUCUGCCACUCAUCCUUACUGAAAUGGAGAGGUCUGUGCCCCUGUGUAUCUGCUUUCAUUGUUCUUUUUCAAUAGUUCAGUGAAUUAGAAAGUGUCACCAUUGUUUUUGUAUGUUUGUUCAUGUGCUGUGCAGGAUUGUAAUCCUAUGAGUAAAGUUAAAUAGCAGAAGAGAGUCCAAAUUUUUAAUUCAGACAAUUAAUUUGAAUAUUUGUGUUCAUGCUUGGGUGUCUAGAGUUCUUCAUGUUGGGGGAUCCUUGGUUCUCCUUCUGAGUCCUCAGUUAUCCUGCCUCCUGAAGAAGUUCCUGGCACAGAAAGAAACUGGACCAAUGCCUAGCCGGGGAACAAAGCCUGCAACAAGGAUACAAGUCUCCCCAUCCCCUUCUCCGUCUUCCACAAAGCAGCAGACUUUCCAAAUUGACCAGCAAGCCAACUCCCCACCUAUCCAGGAAACAGGACCUCAGUGUGGGCCUAUGCACAGUCUACCUCUCUCCUCCCUGACGCACCAGGCUACUUUAAGGGUUAACUUAGGCUUGAUAGAUGGAUUGAUCCUUAAAUAUGUGAAGAUGGAAACUUGAUCAGUGUGAGUGGAAGCUAUGUUUCAAAGGUUACAAGUCACAUUUUUAGUCAUUUUAAGGAAUGAAUGAAACUUCUUUGUCCCUAAGUUGCGUUUGUCUUCUUUUGAGUUGUCCUGUUUUUCAGCAGCAAAUGUAAAAAUUGUAUAUAUCUAUAAUCAUAAGAUAAAAUAAACCUUUAUUCAUCCCUCGGUGGGGAAAUUUGCAGUGAAAGGAUCAACACAGCAAAUAUAGACAAAUAAGUUCACUCAUCAUGCACACGGUGCAAAGAUAAUUAUUAAAAAAAAUGUCACUAAGACCCAUACAGAAAUUUUAUAUGCUAAAAAAGACAAAAAAAAAAAAGCAACAUCAUCCAAAGACUUGAGGAAAAACAGUUCUACACAGUGAAUGCAAAGAAACAUGACAUGCUGUUGCUCAUUAUUUGAGUUAUAUCUGUAUACCUGAGAAGAAUGAAGGUUUCUGUAAUUGUAAUAAAUAUUGUCUGUCAAUAUUG